AUGGUGGACGAAAGCGAUAAGAAACAACAGACUAUUGAUGAGCAACCCCAGAUAAAUGCCGAAAAGCAAACUUCAAGCAAGAAGGAUAAAAAGAAGGAGGAAGAGGAGCAGCUAUCUGAAGAAGAUGCAAAGCUUAAAGCGGACUUAGAGCUACUUGUCGAGAGACUGAAAGAGGACGACGCAUCUUUGUAUGAUGCAUCCUUGAAUGCUUUGAAGGAAUCCAUUAAAAACUCCACAAGUUCUAUGACCGCGGUCCCCAAACCUUUAAAAUUUCUUCGUCCCGCAUACCCAGACUUAUGUGCUAUAUAUGAUAAAUGGACGGAUUCGAAUUUGAAGUCCUCUUUAGCAGAUGUGUUGUCAAUCCUAGCUAUGACAUACUCUGAAGAUGGUAAGGAUGAUUCUUUGAGAUAUAGAUUGCUUUCUAACGUCUCUGAUUUCGAAAGCUGGGGUCAUGAAUAUAUCCGUCAUUUGGCCUUAGAGAUUGGUGAAGUAUACAACGAUCAAGUGGAAAAGGAUGCUGAAGAUGAGACAUCCUCCGAGGAAUCUAAAAGCGAGGAAUCUUUGACUAAAGCUGGAUUCGAUUUCUCCAAGGAAGAUAUCUUACGUCUGUGUUUAGAUAUCGUUCCGUAUUUUUUGAAACACAACGGUGAAGAAGAUGCUGUAGACUUGCUCUUAGAAAUUGAAUCUAUUGAUAAACUACCCCAAUUUGUAGAUGAAAACACUUUCCAAAGAGUUUGUCAAUACAUGGUCGCAUGUGUUCCACUUUUGCCCCCUCCUGAAGACGUUGCAUUUUUGAAAACCGCAUAUUCCAUUUAUCUGUCUCAAAAUGAACUAACGGAUGCAGUUGCCUUGGCAGUUAGAUUAGGAGAAGAAGAAAUGAUCAGAUCCGUUUUUGAUGCUACUAGCGAUCCAGUAAUGCAUAAACAGUUAGCAUACAUUUUAGCCGCACAAAAGACAUCCUUUGAAUACGAGGGCGUUCAGGAUAUAAUUGGUAAUGGUAAGUUGUCAGAACACUUUUUAUAUCUCGCUAAAGAAUUGAAUUUAACUGUUCCAAAGGUUCCAGAAGACAUCUAUAAAAGUCAUUUGGAUAACUCAAAAUCCGUAUUCUCGAGCGCUGGCCUAGAUUCCGCCCAACAAAACUUGGCUUCGUCAUUCGUCAACGGGUUUCUAAACUUAGGUUACUGCAACGAUAAGCUGAUUGUGGAUAAUGACAACUGGGUUUAUAAAACUAAAGGUGAUGGUAUGACUUCUGCAGUGGCCAGUAUUGGAUCUAUAUACCAGUGGAACUUGGAUGGUUUACAACAACUAGAUAAAUACUUGUACGUUGACGAACCAGAAGUUAAAGCGGGUGCGUUGUUAGGUAUUGGUAUUUCCGCUUCAGGUGUGCAUGACGGUGAAGUCGAACCAGCUUUGCUGCUUUUGCAAGAUUAUGUUACUAAUCCAGAUGUUAAAAUCAGUUCCGCGGCUAUUCUUGGUCUAGGAAUUGCUUUCGCCGGUAGUAAGAAUGAUGAAGUGUUGGGAUUAUUGUUACCGAUCGCUGCAUCCACUGAGUCACCUAUCGAAACUGCAGCCAUGGCUUCAUUAGCUCUAUCUCAUGUUUUUGUUGGUACUUGUAAUGGCGAUAUCACAACUUCUAUCAUGGACAACUUUUUAGAGCGUACACCUAUCGAACUGAAGACUGACUGGGUCAGAUUCCUGGCGCUUGCGUUGGGUAUCCUUUACAUGGGACAAGGUGAACAAGUAGACGAUGUUCUAGAAACUAUCAGUGCUAUCGAACAUCCAAUGACUUCAGCUAUUGAAGUUUUGGUUGGUUYAUGCGCUUAUACCGGCACAGGUGAUGUUUUAUUGAUUCAAGACUUGUUGCAUCGUUUAACCCCCAAGAACGUAAAGGGCGAAGAAGAUGCUGAUGAUGAUGAAGAAGAUGCUGAAGGCCAAACUAACAGUAUAAGCGAUUUCUUGGGUGAGCAAUUACCAGAAACUGCCAAGAAUGAAGAAGUUGAGAGUGAAGUCGACGAAAUGGAUGUUGAUGCUGAAGGAGAGGAAACCGAAAUCAAGGCUGAAGUCACAGAAAAGAAAACGGAUGAAACUUUGGGAAGUGAAGAGAAAAAAGUUGAAGACGGAGAAAAGGGAAAGUCUACCGAUAAAGAUACCGCUGCAGAUGAAAAAACUGAAGACGAGGAAGAAGAAAAAGAAGCAGGUGUAGUCGAUGAGCUUGCGUAUGCUGUUCUGGGUAUUGCUUUGAUUGCCCUUGGUGAAGAUAUUGGUAAAGAAAUGUCUUUGCGUCAUUUUGGUCACUUAAUGCAUUACGGUAAUGAACACAUCCGUCGUAUGGUACCUUUGGCAAUGGGUCUUGUUUCUGUAUCUGAUCCACAGAUGAAGGUUUUCGACACUUUAACACGUUUCUCGCAUGAUGCUGAUUUAGAUGUUUCAAUGAAUUCUAUUUUUGCCAUGGGUUUAUGUGGUGCUGGUACUAACAACGCAAGAUUAGCCCAACUUUUGAGACAGUUAGCAAGUUAUUACUCACGUGAACAAGAUGCUCUGUUUAUCACAAGAUUAGCACAAGGGCUAUUGCAUUUAGGAAAAGGUACUAUGACAUUGGACUUGUUUAAUGACGCUCACGUUUUGAAUAAAGUCACAUUAGCAUCAAUCUUAACCACUGCAGUUGGGUUAGUAUCGCCAAGUUUCAUGUUGCAGCACCAUCAAUUGUUCUACAUGUUGAAUGCCGGUAUAAGGCCAAAAUUCAUUUUAGCAUUAAAUGAUGAAGGAGAGCCAAUAAAGGUCAACGUACGUGUCGGACAAGCAGUGGAGACUGUUGGACAAGCAGGUAGACCAAAAAAGAUCACUGGUUGGAUUACACAAUCUACACCUGUCUUAUUAAAUCAUGGUGAAAGAGCAGAACUAGAGACUGAUGAAUACAUCAGUUAUACUCGUCAUAUUGAAGGUGUGGUGAUUCUAAAGAAGAACCCUGAUUACCAUGAAGAAGAGUAA